AUGGCAUACGAGCAUGCCAUGUGCCUCAACAAAAAGAACUCGCUGCUGCGGCUUCAGGGGUCCGGCCGUCCAUACGCCGGGGGGGACACCAGUCUGGUCUGGAGGACGCUGGUGAGGUCGGGAGCUCGUCUCCCAACCUUCACCAGGCAGUUACUCCAGCCAGACUGGAGGUACGUCGACGCCCAAACGGGCAUGUCCUUUCUGCACGCGGUGGUCGACAAGGUGGCCAGAGGGGGGGCGUACUCCGAGAAGGAGGCGGUGGCGGACGUGAAGGAGCUGGCAGGGAAUCAGCGAGCGUGGCGCUGCUUGGUCCUGUACCGCGACCCGGAGGGCAAGACUGCCCUCGACAGGGUCGUGGACAUGGGCCAGCGGUUCCCGCUGCUGAGGGGCGAGCUGGCCGGGAAGCACACGGCUCAGGCAAAAAAGUCUGAGCUGUGCCAGGCAGCUCGGGACUUGGAGCAGGGGUGGCUCCAAGUCCAGCAGAACCAGUAG